AUGAACGUGACGGAUACGGAGCAGGCCGCGGCGCGCGUGAGGGACGGACGGGAACGGAUCCUGACGGAGCUGCACAAGGUCAUCGUCGGCCAGGACGAGGUGCUCGACCUGGUCCUGAUCGCGCUGUUCACCGGCGGUCACUGCCUGAUCACCGGCGUACCGGGUCUGGCCAAGACGCUGCUGGUCAAGACGCUCGCGCGCGUGCUCCACCUGACGUUCAAGCGGAUUCAGUUCACGCCCGACCUGAUGCCGGCCGACAUCACGGGCACCGAGGUGCUCGAGGAGAGCGACGGCCACCGGGCGCUGCGGUUCGUCAAGGGGCCGGUCUUCGCCCAGAUCAUCCUGGCCGACGAGAUCAACCGCACCCCGCCCAAGACGCAGUCGGCCCUGCUCGAGGCGAUGCAGGAGUACCAGCUCUCGCGGUUCAUGUUCAACGUCGUCAUGUCGUACCUGCCGGAGGACGACGAGGUGCGGGUGGUGACGACCACCACCUCGGACGAACACGGCGAGCCCGAGCGGAUCCUCGACGGCGCGGACAUCCUGGAGUUUCAGCGGCUGGUGCGCCAGGUGGUAGUGUCGGACGAGGUGGCGCGUUACGCCGUGCGCCUCGUGGACGCCUCGCGGCCCGGCCGCGCCAACACCCCGGAGUUCGUGGAGCGCUGGGUCCGCUGGGGCGCCGGCCUGCGCGCCUCGCAGGCGCUCAUUCUGGGCGGCAAGGCGCGCGCGCUGAUGCAGGGCCGCUACCACGUGUCGGUGGAGGACGUCCGCCGGCUCGCCCCGCCGACGCUGCGCCACCGGCUGGUCACCAACUUCUUCGCCGAGUCCGAGGGCAUCGACGCGGAAACGGGCUUCAGCGUGGAGUUCUCCGAGUACCGGCAGUACAUGCCGGGCGACGACACGGCGCUGAUCGACUGGAAGCUGUAUGCGCGCAGCGACCGGCACUACGUCAAGAAGUUCGAGGAGGAGACCAACCUGGAGUGCCACCUCCUGCUGGACGUCUCCGGGUCGAUGGGCUACGGCUCGGGCGGCGUGACGAAGCAGGAUACGGGACGUACCUGGCCGCCUCGAUCGCGUACCUCAUGA